AUGAGGGCCCCUGAUGGACAAUACUGGAUAGGUCCAAAUACCUCUGAAUCACAAAGUCCCCCUCAAUUUGUAAAACCACCAUCCCCAACUCAUAAUACCCCUGUUCAGACCACUAGCAGCCAGGUUAAAGAAAAUCAUCAGAUUCUCCUAUUGAUUACUGAAUCUCCUGAGAAUGCUGGGUCAUAUUCUAAAUCCUCACACUCUAGGAUUCAUCACUCCACAGCUAAACCCCUCAAUAUCAGAAAUCAAGAAUCUGCCAAGUCUGCUGAAUUAACUAUGGUGAUUUCAGAGCCAGUGGUGCCAAUCAGAGAAAUGUCUCUAGAAAACGUCAAGAAUUCUCACGUGAUGAUUGGUUCUCAGAAUAUUAGAACCAAAUUCUGGAAAAGAUCUUCAUCCAUGGAGGGCAGACUGCAGGGAAGAGAUGGUACCUCAACAUAA